UCAAAGGGAUCCCUUGUGCUGUUCCGUGAGGAACUCAAACCUCUGUAGCCUUUGCCUGUCUCCUCUCACGACCCGUCCACUACACCCAUAAUUCCCCGCGCCAGGACAAGAUGGAAGAAGGUAGUGGCCGCCGGAGAACAAUGUUUUGGCAAUAAAAUCCCAAAGUGGUGAAUACGGAGAGAAUAUAGGCACGUUUGAAACCAACUGCGGUCAUGUGUGGGAUAUUUUCUUCCUGCAUUCCUCUUUAGAUUUAUUGCCCUCCUUCUACCUUGCACAAAAAACCACCAUGAGUAUUAUCCAGGACAAACUAGGCAAUGAAUUUUUGCGCAACGGCGGCAUGGACCCCAAUUUUGCAUCAGGUAUGCUUAUGUUCAGCCACCUACCGCCUGUCACCAGCUUUACACGGUUGGCCUCCCAAUCCGUUAUAGGUGAGAUUCCCCAGGAGAUGAUCCUGAAGAAAGAACGUGACUCGCCGCCAGAACACCAGGGCGCUACUCCUGUGAACACAGGGGGCUUCCUCCACAGCAUGGGCAUUAAGCAGGAGCGGCUAACUGAGCUGGAUUACCGUAUGCCGCUUUAUGGUGGAGGAGUAGGAGUAGGAAUGAACUGUGCUGGAGGGGGCGCGGGGAAAAGUGGCAAUGACAUGCCGGACAUGUCUUUCGGCAGCCACCACCAGAAUCAUCAGAACAUGCUUCUGCAUGACCUCAGCCUCAGCAACGUUCGUUCCCUUGGGGAACAGAUGCCUGGAAGACCAGACAAGGAGCCAAGAGAGUCCUCGGGUAGAAGAAGGCGAAGGAGCAAUGGGGAUGGACAGGGGGGCAAAGCUCGAAGGAAACGCAGCGAUGCUGCAAAGGCCAUGAUGUUGGAUGCAGAUGGAGCCUGCCUGUCCCCCAACUCAAAACCACAUAUCUGUGAGCACUGUAACGCUGCCUUCCGCAGCUCCUACCACUUACGUAGACAUGUGCUCAUACACACAGAUCGCACAGGUGAGAGGCCUUUCCGGUGCAGUCAGUGUAACAUGAGCUUCAUUCAAAAGUACCUGCUUCAGCGGCAUGAGAAGAUCCACAGUGGAGAGAAGCCUUUUAGCUGUGACCAGUGUAACAUGCGCUUUAUCCAGAAGUACCAUAUGGAGCGGCACAAAAGGACUCACAGUGGCGAGAAGCCAUAUCGCUGCGAUACCUGCCAACAAUUUUUCUCAAGAACAGACCGGUUACUGAAGCACAAACGAACAUGUGGAGAAGCCAUAAAGAAGGGCCUAGACCCAAGCAUGCUGGAGCUCAGCGAAGCAGAGAUAGGCCAGGGCAGCUAUUCACUUACUCAGGGAAACUCUACCACCUCUGGACGUAGGAGGGCCAAGUCCAAAAAUGGUGAGGGCGGUGAGCGCAAGAGGAAGAAGAAUGCCUCAGCAUCAGUGGCUGCACCCUCAUCCUCUGGGGGAAUGGCUCGUGACCUUGGCCUGCAGGACUUCAGCAUGGAGCACCCCUCGGGCUCUGGUACAAUGCAGGGACGUACUCCCAAAUUGGUCUUUAAAAAAGCUGGCCGCAAGAGCCUGGACAAGGGCCUCCUCUCUCUGGAAGACGGUGCUGACCGACAAAAAUUGUUGGGUCAGAAGCCUGAUUCCAUGGAACAUGUGGAUGGUUCUGGCCUUGACAGCAUGGGUCUAUUGCAGGGAGCCGGGGACAGCAAGCAGGGGCCUACCACCAGCAGCAACUAUGAUGAUGCAAUGCAGUUUGUGAAAAAGCGGCGCUACCUCCAUGCAGUUAACAGUGACUAUGGAGCUGGCUCCCUGCACAUGGCUUCCCAGGGCAGUGGUGUAAUCCAGGGUUCCCUGGGGCCUGAACCCACACUGGCCAUGCUGGACUCCUCGCCUUUGGAGCUUAAGCACGACAAGUCUGGCAUUCCAGAUGAGGUACUGCAAAGCUUGCUAGACCAUUAUAGCCAUAAGCCAGAGGGGGGACACCACCAUGAUGUGACGUUUGACCUGUCAGACCACCCACACCACGUAGACCUCCAACCAGCAGCCCCGGUCACCCCUGAGCUGGAGGAUGACUCAGCCAACGGUGCUGAUAAGACAGCAGUGAUGAGUGAGUACUCAAAGUUUCUCCUACAGGCCCUGGAGCGCACCAGCCAUAGUGGACCCUUCCCCAGCCUCGGCCCAACGGGGCCUUUCCCGCUCCUGUCCAGCAGCUCCAGUCCCACAGGGCCCCUGUUCUCUGACAAGCACGUGUACACCACAUCCCCACUGGACUGUGGCUACCCACCUGCUGUUUCCUCCCCACUGCCCAUCGCCGCCUCUUCAUCAACCUCCUCCUCGUCCUCCUCCAAGUCCCACUAUGGCAUGCUUGUUGGCUCCCCUUCCCAGGCCGGCUUCCACCUCAGCUUGGAAUCUACCAGCCACCAGCAGCUGACUCCAUCUCAGGAGCUGACUGAGCAGUUGGAGAAACAGCAUUCCCCUGGCACCUUCAACCUACCUCCCCAGGACCUGACUGCCCCAACAGAGGGCUCUAAGGGGCAGCAACCCAAGGCUGGAGGGAGCACUGCACCUACCAAUGGCUCCAGCUACCCAGACCUGUCCCCUUUGAACACCCCUAAAGAAACCACAUACCAGAUUGAGAACUUUGCCCAGGCCUUUGGCUCCCAGUUCAAGUCUGGGCGGCGGACCCCUCUGAGCUAUGGCAGUGAUGCUGGGGCAGAGGUCGACCACCGAAUAAGGACUCCAGUGUCAGAAUUCUCAGGGUAUACCAGUUUGUUAGCUGAUGUCAGUGAGCCAGUGAGUACAGGAUCAAAAACCCCAACAAGCCAAAGUUUCAGAUGAGGGUCAAACAAGGUGAAUCCAGUAGGGGACUGUUCUGUUACUGUCCAUACAGUCCCUACACACAUCCUAAUUUUGUUCUUGUAGCAACUUUUUUUAAAACACUGCCAUAAAAUGUUAAUACAAACAUGACCAGGGAGAGUCUUCCAUGGCCUCAAAUGCAAUUUUUAAAUAUUCUCAUUUUUAAUUAUGUAUUCAGUCGCAAACUUUUGGUUAAAAGUAGUGAGUGUACCAUAGAUUAAAUGUAAUUUAAAACAUUUAGAGGGUAGCUAGGAACUUGCUUGAUUUUGUUUUUCUGAACUGUAUUUUACCAAUCAUACCAUUGUAAAGUAAUAAUGAAUAAUGUUUGAUAAUUUCAAUAAUGACAUUUGUGGCAGGGAAAGGCCCAAAUUCAAAUGGCAAAAAAUAUAUAUUGUCUGUUACAAGAAACGUAUUAACUCAGGAAAAUAGGCAAAAUUGUGUAAUAAGACUUUGUAUUAUGAGAUGCAAUUAGCACAGUUUUACAGGUGUACUUGGAGACUACAAAGCUUUGAUUCUUUUCUUUUUUUUUACUCUUCAGAACAACAACUUACAACACGUCAUGUUUGAUUUCUACUGCGUGUGGCUUUGUGGAGAUUAUGGUACUGUUGUGUCAAUGUGAAGACAUCAACAUUUCUUUUGAGAGCCACGUGUGCACGAGGUAGUUUGAACUGUAGUGGAGUUUAGGCAAUGAUGCGCGCGGCAUAUUCUGAAGCGAAGAGGAUGUUUAAACAGAACUGACUGUUUUGUCAGCAUACAGCUUCAGUUCAUGAAGCCUGUCUAAUCAUGCACUCCUCUGAUUGGGCCCAUAGAAGAAAUGGCGAUUAAACAAAAUCGCUGCCGUUAUGGCUGUCCCAGAAAGCAACGGACAUCAGCCUGUGAUUUUGUUUUUGUCAUGCUGUUGCUGAAGUGAUUUCUUUAUAUAAACAAGUCACCACUUUUCUACUCCACUCCUUGCUGUUCCUUUUUGUGUCAAUGGAAUCAAACAAGCACUUUUUUAAAGAAAUCACCAUUGGAAACAACAACCCAUUCAAUUUACAUAUGUGAUCAUUAUGCUAAUGAUUAUUAAUAUUAUUUUAAGAGGAGAAAACUGUGAACGGGUUGGGAGGGAGGUAGGGAGGGAGGAAGGAAGGGGAGGGAUGGGUUAUUGUUUAUUUGGGGUUUGAUAGGGGUUGACUUGGCAUGACCAUGGGCAUUCAGAUGUAUUUUGUUUCUUUUUCUCCAGGCUAGAAGAGAGGGUGUGGGCUGGGGGAUUUUUUUUUAUUAUGGUUUUGUCAGGUGAUACUGUAAAAAGAUGAUUUGCCAUAAUUUUGUUAUACAAUAUUUUGAGAGUACCUCUUUGUAUUUAAGUGUUUUGAGAGAUGGGCUGACAUGCUGGAACCCUUAUCUUUAGUCCCUUGGGUAUGUUGGAUACAUACUAAAACCCUUUUAUUUAUUCUCCACAACAGAACUCAGUAGCAGAUAUUUUUUGGCAAGUAAUCACCAGAUCUGCAUCCCCUACCCCAUUCACUCCUCUUUCUUAAUGAUUUUUUAACCCCAGUUUCAAAAACCUGCUUCAGUAAUGCAGAUGAACAGUAAAUGAAUACCCACCCACCUUCCCAACAAUGCAGCCCUGCACUCCCACAGAUAAACAAUGGCCUUCUUUGUCUUCCGUGGUUCAAGCCAUUCUAUCCUGGCUGCCAGGGUUGAUAUUUAAUUUAGCUGAUUUCCUGUGAGCCAACCCCAAAGCCAAGAGACUGUGAAGCUGCUCAGAUCACGGGGAACAAAAACUGACUGACCAGCAACUUCACUCCAAACACACACUAUGCUUUUAAAGGAGAGAAAAAGAAAAAGCAAUGAGAUGAAGGGUGGGGGGGGGAAAGACAAUAAAAUUGACCUAAAUAUACCUCAUAUCACUAAAGCGUAACAAAGCAGGGACAUGUGUUUCAUGUAUGUAGUGGAAAUAUUUGUAGUAUAGGUUUGACAUAUUGUAUAAUCAUUUAACACUGCCCGUGUUUACAAUAUAGGUUAAAUGAGUUGUCAAAAUGCAAUUGUAUUAUUUCUUUUUCUGUAAAAACAUCCACACCGAGCAGUGUUGCAUUUUAGAUGCCUCAUAGAACACCCAUCUUUCUCAUGUUACAUCCCUUAUUUUUGUUACUUGACAUAAUGUGUUUUGAUAUGAUCUCUAGAAGGAUAUUGUUUACAAAAAUGUGCAAAAACACUAAAAAAAAUUUUUUUAAAGUUUUUCUUGAGUAUGCAUGAUAAAGACAUUUUUGUAUGGCUUUUUUUCCUCUGUCACCUCAAUACCAAAAUUUGUAGCGGAAGCCUCCCUAUUCCUUUGUCCUUUAAUUGUUCUAGACCCCUUGUGAUAUGAUUUCCCAGGCUGUACCUGUUAUUGAGAUGAUGAACGGAUUAGAGAAGCCAAUAAAAAAAAAAAAACU